AUGGCGCCAAUCGGCUCGUCAAUGGCCACAGAGUCCAAGAAACCUCUCGACAUCAGCAAUCUGAUGUCACCUCCCGAACCUCCUCAACUCGACUCGUUCUCGCAAAGCGGUACGGCGAAUUCAAUGGGUCAUACGGUUUCCGACAUGCGACGAGUCCCAGGACCAGUGGUUCCGCCGUUGUCGCCGCCUAUCUCUCCUGCGACCACCACAGACGAUCAUGCCCUCUCCGUCGCAUCGUCUUCGGUCAUCCCGAUGAGAGACCCUAUUCUCUACCCUGCGCAAGGUAUUGAAUACUCGCCUGCACAACAGCCGCUGUUCGUCUGGGACGAGUCGGUCGAGGCCCAGGCAGUCGUGGACCAUCAUGUUGUUGCUCGGCCUGCGGAGCUCUUUCAAGAAGCGACACCUCCGAAGCGGGAGGAAUAUGAGUUGGUCCUGCAUUUUCGGUCGGAGGUCAUGAAGAAAUUCAGCGAGAACCCGAAGUCCUGGCUGCAGCGAGAACGCGCUCAGCUACUCGCAGAUAGGCGGGCGGGCGCAUCACGAAACAAGCUGUCCAAGCUUCAGCCUAUUCUUCCAGCCAAACCCCAGCAAAUUCGCAAAGAAGCGCAGCGUCCUCGCCCGACAAAGGCGCCAAUGGUUACCAAGCAAGCGAAGGCGAAGCCCACAGGACCGCGCGCCAUUCGCUCUCGACCACCGCAAGCCACUGCAUCGAGAGAACCGGCCAAGCGUAAGGCCAGCGAAACUCCUGACCCUUCGUCUCGCCGUGCAGCUGCAACCACUCGAGCAGAUGAGGAUUUCAAUGCACUUCACGACUUUUGCCCACCAACGGACAGUCUCCCGAACAAGCCAAAUAGUCUGAAGGUGGUGUGGAAGGGACAGCCAGUCGAUCUCGAUAAGGAUCCCCACCGGAAUUUGCUGCACGCGGACGAGCUUGCCGUUGCGUGUAAUCUGCGUCUUACUUGUGCCCAGUAUCUGGCAAGCAAGCGAAGGAUAUUCAUCAGACGCCUUGAAAGUCUUCGCAAUGGCAAGGAGUUCCGCAGAACCGAUGCGCAGCAAGCCUGCAAGAUAGAUGUCAACAAAGCUUCCCAGCUGUGGGUUGCAUUCGACAAGGUUGGCUGGUUCGACAAGACCUGGGUCGAGCGCUACAUUUGA